AAAAUUAUAAUCUUGCUUUAAUCAAAUGUAUUUUAUUUUAUUUUAUUUUGGAUUCUGAAACAAAUGUAUUGAAUAAACAUAUUUUAAUGGUUCGCUACCUAAAAAGAUAUUUUAUACGGUUUCAUUUGUUCCUGAAUGUACCAUGCGGCGGAUCCGGAUAUGACAAGGGGCUCAAACUGAUGACUUCCCAACAAAAUUGAUAUUUUUUAAUGUUCUAAAACUAUUCAAGUUGGUUUUUGGACGUUUUGUGUAAACAUUUUAUGGAAGUCAACAUGUGGUAGGUUUUAGACGUUUUAACACCUUUUUUUAAACGUCAAAAUAACCCCCUCCCCCAAAAAAAACAUUUAAAAAACUUUCGGAAGUUCGAUGAGAUGAUGAUGGUGAUGAUAAUGAUGAUUGAUGGUGAUGAUGAUGAUAAUGACAAUGAAGGUAACAAUUUUGCACAAUGGAGAUCCGAUUAAUGGUCGUAAUGACAAGAAUGAUGUGAAAUCAUUUUAACAAGCUUUCUGCCUUUUUAUUGCAUCCCCGAUUUCCUAUCAAUUAUCUUUCAAUUUGUAUGAAAUAUGUGCCAACAAAUAAUAUCACUUUUGUUUAAAUUUAUUAGAUUUUUAUUCUCAUUGUUAUAUUCUCGAUCUUUGUCUGAUGAUUAUUUUAUCACCCAGUACUUUUAAUGAAUUUGAAAUAAAUGCUGAAUUGAUAUUGACAACUCAUUGUAGCAUGAAUAAUCGGCAUUAUAGGCCUACGCAAUAAAAAAGAUGGUUCAUUGAGGGCAGAAAUUCUGUCAAAGGAUGCAUUUAUAAACGAUACAAGACACAAAAUUAUUUUUUUAAAGACACAUCACGCGAGACUUUUUACCUUUUAUUAUUUUCUUUUCCAAUUUCAUUCAAGGAUUUCAUCACGAAAUUGUUAUUUAAAAAAAAGACACAUCACGCGAGACUUUUUUCCUUUUAUUAUUCUCUUUUCCAUAAUUUCAUCACAGCAUCAAUCAAUCAAAACAUUCACAACCUAAAUUAUAAAAAAAUAAAAAUAAUUCUUAUCAGGCGCUUUUCCAAAAGUUGAAAAGUGAUAUACAUCAGCCAUUAAAAACAAAUUGAUUGCAUGGAUGUAACCACGUUAUUUUGAUAUUGUUCCUAUUUUCAAUCAAAUUUAUUUGUUUAUUCUAUACAUUAUAUUUCAUUAGUUACUUUUAGUUCUUUCGUUAGAAUUUAUCUAUUUCAAUUUUAUGAUUAUCAAUUCUCCCCCCCCCCCCCGUAAUGUUACCGUGUCAUUAAUUUGCGUUGAAACAGUCACAUCGUUUGUAAAGCCGAGAAAAUUUCCUUUUCUUUUUUUUUUGAAAAUUUGUUCCUUCAUUAGCACCGUAACGUCUCAACUGGGGACACGCGAAUUGUCUUCGCCACAGCGAAGAAUUGCUGCACAAAACUCGAUGUUUCUGUCUUUUAUUUACUGGUAUUUCAUCAAAUAUCAGAGAUGUUUGUCAUUUAAAGUUUACCGAUGUGUUGGCCUAUCUAAAACACAUGAAAAACCAAGCCUAGCGAGUACUUUAUUUUUCGACCCCUUUGUCCAAGUCUUAACCGGAAUGGCCCAUAUAAGAAAGGAACAUUGGGAUUGUGAUCCAUUUGAGGCAAAGAAAAUGGAGAAUGGAGACAUCUAUGCUAGGGGAUCUCAGGACAUGAAAUGUGUUGGCAUUCAGUACAUUGAAGCUAUUCGUAGACUCAUAAGCGAUGGGAAGCGGAUGAUGCGAACCAUACAUAUGACCUUUGUGCCAGAUGAAGAAAUUGGUGGAGACCUAGGGAUGGGAAAGUUCACAAAGACUGAAGAUUUCAGGAACCUCAAUGUUGGAUUUGGGCUUGACGAAGGGCUUGCCAACCCAACAGAAAAAUUCAGUCUCUAUCAUGGAGAACGGGCAGUUUGGUGGGUUGAAGUAAACUGUGUUGGACAGCCUGGUCAUGGAUCUCAGUUCAUACAGGAUACUGCUGCUGUAAAAUUACAAAAAGUUUUGACUGCAUUCUUGAAUUAUCGAGAUCAAGAAGAAGCUAGAGCAAAGAAGAGUGGUAAAUUAGGGGAUGUCAACACUCCCAACUUGACCUAUUUAUCGGGAGGGGUUGCUAAAAAUGUUGUUCCUAGUAACCUGACACUUCUCUUUGAUCUACGUGUCUCACCAGACACAACUCCAGAGGAUAUGGUGAAGAAACUAGAUGAACUUGUAGCAAUGGGCGGGUCUGGUGUGUCUUAUAAACUACUGAGGAAAGAUAUCAGCUAUACAACCCCUUUGGGUGAUGAUAACGCCUGGUGGAAAACAUUCAAGAAAGCAUGUGAGAAAGAGAAGGUGGAUCUGCAUAUUGAGAUAUUUCCAGCUGGGACAGAUAGCAAGUACCUCCGAGCCUUGGGUAUACCUUGCUUUGGUUUCUCACCAAUGAAUAACACUCCAAUCUUACUCCAUGAUCACAACGAAUACCUCAAUGAAGACAUCUUUCUCCAUGGAAUCUCAAUUUACGAGACCAUCAUCACAGAUAUUGCCAAUGUGCCCGAUGCGUGACAUCGAGGGUAUAAGUCAACAAUGUCUUGCUCUAGAUCUUGAAGGGUGAUAAGUUUUAUUUCUAAUCUCUCUGUCUGGAUUAUAUUUGAUGAUUAUUAAGGGAGGAAUCAGGCCACCUACCACCAUAAAAUAAAAGGUUGUGCUUGUAAGUAAUUUCUUGUGCAAAUGCUUAAAUCACAAUAAAUUGUGAUUUCCUGAAAUGAAAAAACCUCAGGCUUAGAAAGGAAGGUCUUCCACCCAUCCUAUUGUUUUAAAAGUAGGUAGAUGAUAUGGUUAAUAUGUAAUGUUAACAGAAAAUGUGAGAGGAAGAGUAUGCAGAUGAUGCAAUACAUGCAUUUUAAGAUCUUGGUUAAUAUUCAUUUUAUGUCUUUAAACCAGUUUACUACCUUCAUUGUAUGGACUCCCUAUCACUGCACCAUGAUUUUUAUUUCACAACUUUGUAACUCCCAAAAUUGUGUUGAUUAUCUUCAUAUUAUUAAAUGUAUGAUCCUGUGUACUACAUGUGUAUGUAAUCCUGUGUUUAAACUAUGAGUUAAUGUGUAUGAACUGAAAAUUUUCAAGUAGGCAUUGAUCUCGAGAACCAAAGUUUGCUUGUGGGAAGAGGCCAUGGACACUUUAAUUCAACUGUAGCCUGAUCACAAAAGGAUCUAAUGUCAGCUAAGAUUAGGGUUAAAAUUAAAGCUUGUGAUAGUCAAUUUUCCAGUCACUUUCAUUCCAGUUGGAGGAAACAUGUUUUAAUGAUCAGGUAAAUGUCAUUACUUGUUUCUGUUUGGAUCAUUUACCAUGUGCCUAGGGGUUGUGGGCAUUAGUCCACUAUGUAGGGACCAGUUUUUUUAGUGAUGUUAUACAAUCAUUACGAAAGAAUGGACAAUGCUAAUCAUUUUAUCACUAUGCUGUGCCUAUCCAACCCUUGACGAAAACAGAUUUGGCAAAUAACAAGUCUACUAUAUGUCUACUGACAUGUUUUCAUCUUACCCUUCUGAAGUCCUUGUAAAUGCGAUAACUUUAGUUUAACUUAACCUAGUCUCAUAUAAUUUGGUGUGUAUGAUACUAACAUGGAUCCCAGGAAGCCUAUUGAUUUUGAGGUUAAAAAAGGUCAAAGGUCACGGUCACAGUGAUAUGUUUUCAUCUUACCCUUCAGCAGUUCUUGUAAAAGCGAUAACUUCAGUUUAACUUAACCUAGGCUCAUAUAAUUUGGUGUGUAUGAUACUAGCAUAGAUCCCAGGAAGCCUCUUGAUUUUGAGGUCAAAAGGUCAAAGGUCACACUGAUAUGUUUUCAUCUUACCCUUCUGAAGUCCUUGUUAACAUGAUAACUUUAGUUGUACUUAACCUAGGCUCAUAUGAUUUGGUGUGUAUGAUACUAUUAUAGAUCCCAGGAAUUCUAUUGAUUUUGAGGUCAGAAGAUCAAAGCUGAAGUCGCCACCUUCCACUUUAUUUGCUUGACCAAUAAAUCCAUUUUCCGCGCAUGAGCGGGCAUAUUAUGUGUUUGCCUUAGCGACACUCUUAUGAAUAUUUUACGCAGGUUUUGAACUUGUUUUACAGUCUAUUCAAAUUAUAUAUUUGAUUUUUGUUAAACUGCUGGAUCAGAAUAACUUUCAUUUUAGUGCUACAUAUAAAUACCACAUGGUAAUAUACUUUUAUUGAUUUUUAUGCUCUCAUUGAAAUCUUAGUAUGGUUCUAUAAAACAAGAUGGAGACUAAAAGGUUCAAUUGCAAACUAAUGAAAUUUGUUUGGCUGAGAGUGAAUUCUCUAUUUUUUUAUUGAUAACAAUCUUGAUAUACCAGGUUAAAAUUCACUAUUUUUUGCUUUCAAAAUGCUUUGUUAUAUUUCUUCAUCAUCAGAGUGUAGCAUUUGUAUUUUGUAUAUGUUGAAGACACAAAUGAAAGUAUCAAUAUAUUGACUGAAAUAAUGUUUGUUUAAAUUUUCUGUAUUACAAACUUUUUUCCAGAGAUGUUCUGAUGAUAUAAAUAAUGAUUAAAAACCGAUGCAUAAAUGUAGCACAAAUUCAAUUAAAUUGUUUAAGUUGAUGCAGGUUUGUUUUCAACAUGGUAAUGAUACUAUAAUAGAUUCUUACUGAUUAUAUUAAUGAAUGUAUGGAAUAAACAUUUUUACUUGAUUUUGAAAAGAAAGUGUCAAUUUUCUUUUUGGUGGGAGCUAUUACAUUUUUCCUUGUUUUUAGUGUAUUCCAAUUAAACCUCAAUAGUUAUUGAAAUA